GCGCCCCUCGGCUUUCCAUAAAAAUCUGGUCGCACGUUCACUCGUGGAGACUUAUCCGAUAUUACGUUCAAGUAACGCGAACGUACCUCAAGCAUUGUGGUUCCAUCAACAUGCCAGAGGACCACAUAGACAUUCGGGAAGAUUGCAUUAUCACCUUGAAUAUCUCAUUCGGAAGUCUACAGACAGGAAAAUUGUCCGCAGCAAACAGGUUACAGAAGGAACUUCGAAAACUGAACCUCAAGAACUAUUGGAUUAUGAUGAACCAGAAGAGAAUGUUGAAGAAUUGAUCGGAGAACUGAAAUUUCUUUGCCCAACUCCAAAAACACAACCGCGCGCUGAGGAGUUGUGGAUGAAAACUUUCAAUGAGCGAGAUCGUGUCCGAAAAUCUGGGGAGUUCCACAAAUAUCUGGAAGAUUUUCCAGUGGCCACUUGUUUCGAUGGUAAAUUGCUCAAGCUCGACUUUCAAAAGCUUUACCCUGCCGCUCCUAAAUUUUGGGAUAGAUUUGAGGACUUAAAACCCAAGGUGCUAACUACAUACUCAAGCACACUGCAACAUAUUGGAAAUGAAACCAUCAGGACCCUCGGAAUAAUCUGGUUGAAAAACCCUACUCGUGGAAUGAAGCGUACCAUUCACGGAAAUGAUUCGAACGACAAUCCACUUAAUGGAAUUGUUGAAUGGAUUCAGUACGAUGACCCAAUGCCUGUUAAUGAGAGCGACAACCCUAUUCUAUAUAUGAGAGGAAACUUUCCGGACGACAACUGCGAAGGGACCAUUUCCUGGAGAAAAGUCAGGAUCGUGGCGAAGCAAGAUUUUUUUUUAUUGCUUUGAACUGCUUUGUCAGACGAUUCUUGUUUUUAACUCUGCGUGCAAGCCAACAGAUAGGCAAUUUUUCACUCUUCUUAAAGCGACACUGAUGGGAGUCAAUACUCUAUCAACCACAGGGGAGAAAUUUAUGAGCACUUUGUAGGGAGCUCAUGACCACAUGACAGGGUUCUGAAUGAAUAAUUUGAA